AUGUUGCCAGAUGGACACCUAAAGAAUCUCCACGUAGACAUAUACCAUGAGAUCCGAUCUGGGUUCGACCCACCCACUGCACCGGCACCGCUUCACCGGGUGCAGACGCUUGAACCCAAUCAUCCUUGCUGCACUUGUCUUACAUUAUCUGAAAUUUUUACAACUUGUGUCACAGUUGAUAUCAUCUCGGCUAUAGAAUUUGAUAAAAGUGGUGAUCAUCUUGCCACCGGAGAUCGUGGGGGCCGGGUGGUAUUAUUUGAGAGGACCGAUACAAAGGAGAAUGGUGUAAGUAGAAAGGAUUUAGAGAAGACUGAUUACCCAAGUAGUAGGCAUCCAGAGUUUCGCUACAAAACUGAGUUCCAGAGUCAUGAACCUGAGUUUGAUUAUUUGAAGAGUUUGGAGAUCGAGGAGAAAAUUAACAAGAUCAGAUGGUGCCAAACAGCCAAUGGCGCCCUCUUUCUUCUGUCUACCAAUGACAAAACCAUCAAAUUCUGGAAGGUCCAAGAAAAGAAAGUUAAGAAAAUUGCAGACAUGAACAUGGACCCUUCCAAAGCUGUUGGGAAUGGAAAUAUCGCGAGUUCUAGUGUUUCUUUUAGCCACAAAUCUUCACAUACUACAAAUGGGGAAUACACAGAUAAAUCUUACACUACUUUGACCAAAGACUUUUCUCCUUCAGGCGGCAUCCAGUCAUUGCGUCUACCGGUGGUAACUGCUAACGAGACGAGCCUUGUUGCAAGGUGUAGAAGAGUGUAUGCCCAUGCACAUGAUUAUCAUAUCAAUUCGAUCUCGAAUAACAGUGAUGGUGAAACAUUCAUCUCGGCUGAUGAUCUUCGGAUAAACCUUUGGAAUUUGGAAAUUAGCAAUCAGAGUUUCAACAUUGUUGAUGUCAAGCCUGCAAAUAUGGAGGAUCUCACUGAGGUGAUUACAUCAGCAGAGUUUCAUCCUACUCACUGUAACACACUAGCUUAUAGUAGUUCGAAAGGAUCUAUUCGCCUUAUUGAUUUGCGUCAGUCCGCAUUAUGCGAUAGACAUUCUAAGUUGUUUGAGGAACAAGAAUCACCUGGUUCAAGAUCAUUCUUCACCGAGAUAAUAGCAUCGAUCUCAGAUAUCAAGUUCGGAAGGGAUGGAAGAUACAUACUAAGCCGUGAUUACAUGACCCUUAAGUUAUGGGACAUCAACAUGGACUCAGGUCCGGUUUCGACAUUCCAGGUUCACGAAUAUUUAAGACCUAAGCUAUGUGACUUGUAUGAAAAUGAUUCAAUCUUCGAUAAAUUCGAGUGCUGUCUAAGUGGUGACGGUCUUCGGGUAGCAACUGGUUCCUACAGCAAUCUGUUCCGUGUAUUUGGCUCUGGUCCCAGCAGUACUGAAUCAACUACCCUGGAAGCUAGCAAAAAUCCAAUGAGGCGACAAGUUCAGACUCCUUCAAGGCCUUCGAGAUCCCUAAGCAGCAGCAUAACCCGUGUAGUUAGAAGAGGUGGAGAAAGUCCAGAUGGAAAUGGGAACUCAUUCGAUUUCACCACGAAGUUGCUUCAUCUAGCUUGGCAUCCAACUGAAAACUCCAUCGCCUGUGCUGCUGCCAACAGCUUGUACAUGUACUACGCGUAAAACGUAGAAGAAACGAACCUUAUUGUGUUGCUUCGGCUUUUUAACACUUUUGUUGGUUUAACAUAUCCAACGGCUUCGUCUUUAGAUCGACCACAGAAAGAUCCCCACUCGAGAAGAUAUCUUUAGAAUCCUCAGAGAACAAAGCGACUUCGGUCAUUUUGCCGUUUAUUUUUCCGAUUUCCGAAAAGGGUUCUUGUUUUCUUUCUUUUUGUGUUUUGUUGGGUUGAAAUGAGGAAAACAGAGUGGGAAUUGGAUCUUAAGAAACUUGGGGAAAAAAGGGAUGAAUUUAGGGCUUAAAAAGUUUAAGAUGUAGUUUUUAGUUGGGAAGGAGCUGAGCUGCUUACUUGCAUUGCAGGCCAUCAAAGUUUAUAUAAUCAUUUUCAUUUUCAUUUUCAUUUUUUUUUUUUUUCAUUUUUCCAUGUUUUGUUAUCCUUUAAUUUCUCUCUAGAUUGUAAAAGAAACCCCGGUUCGAAACUAAACGGUAGCGUUUAAUGCUCGGUUUGGACAUUUCAACUUGACCAAAAUCUGUUGUCUUAUGAAGUGUAAGGGGUUGUUUGGUUGGUUUUUCAUUAAGUCUUGUAUCUGAAUGAAGUUGUCUCUGUGAUUUAAUCUAUUUGUAUGGAUAAAUAAGGUUUUUGUUCGGGAUUUUUUUUUCGUCCAUAGAUGUAAUGAACGUGUUUUUUAAUUGGGAGAGAUAUUUCUGCAUAAA